GUGUUUACCACAAUAUCGAUAUUGUGGAUUUAAGAUAUGAUGUUUAAAUGGUUGUUAUUGGCAUUAUUACUUCGUUUUUCCAUUACAGAUGGAAAAAUAUCUUAUAAUACGUUACGAUCGCAAAGGUUAAGUAGAGCAACCGUCCAUGUACCAAAAGUUAUCAACAAAAUAUGUCUCCUGAUACCGGACGAAGGGCCAUGUCGCGCUGAUAUUCCGAUGUACUACUUCCAACCGGAGACAAUGAACUGCAGUACCUUCCGCUGGGGUGGUUGCCAGGGCAAUGGCAACCGGUUUGACACCCUCAGUGAAUGCUUGACAACCUGCACAAGCCAGCCUGGCCAACAGCCGGGCCGCCCAACAUACUGUAGCCUGAGAUUUGACUACGGCUUCUGUUUUGGUGCAGACAAGAGAUGGUAUUAUGAUGAAAAGUGGCACGUCUGUAGAGAAACUAUUUACUCCGGCUGUGGCGGAAACAAGAACAACUUCUACAGUCAAGCAGGAUGCGAAUCAAUCUGCCGGUUUGGUAUUGGCCCACCAGCACAGGAACAAAGUGAUGAUGGCAAAUUGAAGAAGGUAUUGAUUAUAAACCCGCCGGAUCAAACCAGUCCGCGGAGCGGAGCAAAGCAACAGGGUACUUUAUAA